UCAUGGCCAUCUUCAUCACAUCCUCAAGAACCCUAAUUGAUUCCACAACCAUCACCAACACACCUUGAGAACACAAUGCCUUCAUUAAUGGAGACUGCAGGGCUAGUCUCACUUCUCCGGCAAACAACAGAAGGUCACCGGAAAGCAAAAGCCGGUGCCGGCAUCCUCAAGCUCUUCAAACUCAUCCCCAUGUUCACAUCCGGGUGCAAGAUGGCAGCUUUGCUAGGCAGACCAAAAGCAUUGCUUGCCAAUAAUGCUCCGACGAUCACCCUCUUCGGUUACCGAAAGGGUAGAGUGAGCUUAGCCAUUCAAGAACACCCAAAAGCUUCUCCCAUCUUCAUGAUAGAGCUACCAAUCCUCACUCACACUCUUCACAAGGAGAUGGCCUCAGGGUUGGUGAAGAUAGCAAUGGAGAGUGAGACAAGGGUUAAUGGACAUCAUCAUAAGAGAAAAGUAAUGGAGGAGAACAUGUGGGCAGUGUAUUGUAAUGGAAGGAAGGUAGGGUAUUCAGUGAAGAGGAAGCAAGCAAGUGAAGAUGAGCAACAUGUGAUGCAAUUGUUAAAAGGGGUUUCAAUGGGAGCGGGAGUUUUGCCAUGCAUGCAUGAGAGUGAGGCUUUGUUAGAUGGUGAUCAACAGUUGAGUUAUAUGAGAGCUAAGUUUGAGAGGGUGGUGGGUUCUAAGGAUUCUGAGGCUUUUUAUAUGAUUAAUCCUGAUGGUAAUGGAGGCCCUGAGUUGAGUAUUUUCUUUGUUAGGAUUAAGUAAUAUAUAUAUGAUGAUGUAUUUUUCUUUCAUGAUAUUUUGUUCUUGUGUUAAGCUUUGCUGUUGUUGUUGUUGUUGAUGAUGAUGAUGAUGGUGUUGUUGAUGUUGUAGUGUGUAUAUAGUUUUUCUCAUAAAUAAAACCCCAUUGAAUUUGGA